AUGGAAUCCGACGGCACGCUAACAGGCGCCUCCAACUACAAGCCGUCUUUAGAACUCGGCAACUUCCCUGACAACAACACUACUUGGUCGCUCAAGCACAAAGUUGAAGCAGUCCGGCACAGGGAUGAACGCUCCGGGUUUCCUCCUCGCGAGCUCGGUGUAACAUGGCAGGGACUCACGGUACAGGCCGUCAGCUCUGACGCGUCGAUACACGAGAACGUGCUCACUCAGUUCAACAUCCCCAAACUCGUCAAGGAAUCGCGGCACAAACCUCCCUUGAAAACGAUCCUUGAUAACACACAUGGCUGCGUCAAGCCCGGCGAGAUGCUCCUGGUCCUCGGCCGGCCCGGGUCGGGAUGCACGACACUGCUGAACAUCCUGGCGAACCAUCGCCGGGGCUACACCUCGGUCACCGGCGACGUACAUUACGGCUCGAUGAGGGCCGAGGAAGCCCAGCGGUACCGGGGCCAGAUCAUCAUGAACACAGAAGAGGAAAUCUUCUUCCCUACUCUCACGGUGGGCCAGACCAUGGACUUUGCAACCCGCCUGAAGAUUCCCUUCCACCUGCCCGAAGAUGUGUCGUCCAACGAAGAGUUUCGUGUCGAGAUGCGAGAUUUCCUACUCGAGUCCAUGGGCAUCCAACACACGUUCGACACUAAGGUCGGCAAUGAGUAUGUUCGCGGUGUGUCCGGCGGUGAGAGGAAGCGUGUUUCCAUUAUUGAAUGUAUGGCCAGUAGGGGUUCGGUGUUUUGCUGGGACAACAGCACUAGAGGCCUGGAUGCCAGCACGGCGUUGGAAUAUGCCAAAGCCGUCCGCGCGAUGACCGACGUCCUCGGUCUUGCGUCCAUCGUCACUCUAUACCAAGCAGGCAACGGUAUUUACAACCUUUUCGACAAGGUCCUGGUUCUCGACAACGGCAAGGAGAUGUACUACGGACCCGCUAGCGAGGCCAGGCCCUUCAUGGAACGUCUCGGCUUCAUCUACUCCGACGGCGCCAACGUCGCCGACUUUCUUACCGGCGUGACGGUCCCAACGGAGCGCGCCGUCGCGCAGGGGUUCGAGAAUACCUUUCCUCGCAACGCCGAAGCUCUGCAGGCUGAGUACGAGAAGUCGGAGAUCUACCCUCGAAUGAUUGUCGAGUACGACUUCCCGACAAAAGAGGAGACGAAAGAGAAGACAAGACUGUUCCAGCAGAGCGUGGCCGGCGAGAAGCACAAGCAACUUCCGGAUAGCAGCCCACUCACGACGAGUUUCGCCACGCAGGUUAGGGCUUGCAUCGUUCGGCAAUAUCAGAUUGUAUGGGGUGACAAGGCCACCUUCAUCAUCACGCAGGUCUCUACAUUGGUUCAGGCCCUCAUUGCCGGGUCGCUCUUCUAUCAGUCCCCGAACACCACCGGCGGCCUGUUCAUGAAGGGCGGCGCGCUCUUCUUUGCCCUCCUCUUCAAUAGCCUACUGUCCAUGUCCGAAGUCACCAACUCCUUCACGGGACGGCCGGUCUUGCUCAAACACAAGUCUUUCGCCUACUACCAUCCAGCCGCCUUUUGUAUUGCGCAGAUCGCGGCUGAUAUCCCAGUCAUCCUCUUCCAAAUCUCCACCUUCUCCGUAGUUCUGUACUUCAUGGUCGGCCUCAAGACGACGGCGGGGGCCUUCUUCACCUUCUGGUCAGUGGUUUUCACAACGACCAUGUGUAUGACGGCCAUGUUUCGCUCUGUCGGUGCGGGCUUCACGACCUUUGACGGCGCUUCCAAGGCCUCCGGGUUCAUGGUCAGCGCGCUGGUUAUGUACUGCGGCUACAUGAUCCAAAAGCCUCAAAUGCACGACUGGUUUGUUUGGCUGUUCUGGAUCAAUCCCCUGUCUUAUGCCUUUGACGCACUCAUGGCGACUGAAUUUCACAAUCAGUUGAUUCCGUGCGUCGGACCCAACCUUGUGCCCAACGGCCCCGGAUACACCGACCCUGCCUACCAGUCGUGUGCUGGUGUCUCAGGCGCCACUCAGGGAGAGACGACCCUUACUGGCGACGAGUACCUAUCGGCACUCUCGUACAGCCACAGCCACGUCUGGAGAAACUUUGGCAUCGUCUGGGCUUGGUGGGCUCUCUUCGUUGCGCUCACCAUAUACUCCACCUCCAAGUGGCGUCCGGCAGCUGAGGGCGGCUCUUCCCUUCUCAUCCCACGCGAGAACGCCAAGAUCACCCGCGCCCACCGCCAGGAUGAAGAGAUGCAGUCCCUCGAGCAGACUACCAUGGAGAAGAACAAAGUUAACAACGAGCAGAGCAACAGUGGCGACGGCAAUGUCAACAAGAGCCUCGUCCGCAACACCUCCAUCUUCACCUGGAAAAACCUCUCAUACACCGUCAAGACCCCGUCAGGAGACCGCCUGCUGCUCGACAACGUCCAAGGCUAUGUCAAGCCGGGCAUGCUAGGCGCCCUGAUGGGCUCCUCCGGCGCUGGAAAGACGACCCUGCUCGAUGUCCUAGCCCAGCGCAAGACGGACGGCACGAUCCGCGGGUCGAUCCUGGUCGACGGCCGCCCCCUUCCCGUUUCCUUCCAGAGAUUGGCCGGAUACUGCGAGCAGCUCGACGUCCACGAACCCUUCGCCACCGUCCGUGAAGCUCUGGAGUUCUCCGCCCUGCUGAGGCAAAGCCGCGAUACCCCCAAGGCAGAGAAGCUGGCAUACGUCGAUACCAUCAUCGAUCUCUUGGAACUCCACGACCUCGCUGACACCCUCAUUGGCCGCGUCGGUAACGGUCUUUCUGUCGAGCAGAGGAAGCGUGUCACCAUCGGCGUCGAGCUGGUCUCGAAGCCCAGCAUCCUGAUCUUCCUCGACGAGCCCACGUCCGGCUUGGAUGGCCAGUCUGCCUUCAACACGGUCCGCUUCCUCCGUAAGCUGGCUGAUGCCGGCCAGGCCGUCCUCGUCACCAUCCACCAGCCUUCCGCCCAGCUCUUCUUCCAGUUCGAUACCCUUCUUUUGCUGGCCAAGGGCGGCAAGACCGUAUACUUUGGCGACAUUGGGGACAACGCAAAAACCGUCCGCAACUAUUUUGGCCGCUAUGGCGCUCCAUGCCCGGAGAAGGCCAACCCCGCCGAGCACAUGAUCGACGUCGUUUCUGGACACCUAUCCAGGGGCAAUGACUGGCACGAGAUCUGGCUUUCCUCCCCCGAGCACGAUGCCGUUGUCAAGGAGCUCGACCACAUGAUUGAAGAGGCCGCCUCCAGGCCCCCAGGCACCACCGAGGAUGGCCACGAGUUCGCCCUUUCGUUGUGGGAUCAGGUCAAGAUUGUCAGCCACCGGAUGAAUAUCUCCCUCUACCGCAACGUUGACUACAUCAACAACAAGUUCGCACUGCACGUAAUCUCUGCGCUCUUCAACGGCUUCUCUUUCUGGAUGAUUGGCGACUCCGUGGGCGACAUCACCCUGCGGCUCUUCACAAUCUUCAACUUCAUCUUCGUCGCUCCCGGCGUGAUCGCCCAGCUGCAGCCCCUCUUCAUUGAUCGCCGCGACAUCUUCGAGACCCGCGAGAAGAAGUCCAAGAUGUACUCCUGGAUCGCCUUCGUCACGGGCUCUGUCGUCUCCGAGGUGCCCUAUCUCAUCAUCUGCGCCGUCCUCUACUUCGUCUGCUGGUACUACACCGUCGGCUUCCCCGGCGAUUCGUCCCGUGCCGGCGGGACCUUUUUCGUCAUGCUCAUGUACGAGUUCGUCUACACCGGCAUCGGUCAGUUCAUCGCGGCCUACGCCCCCAACGCCGUCUUCGCGUCCCUGGUCAACCCGCUCCUAAUCGGCGUGCUCAUCUCCUUCUGCGGUGUCCUUGUGCCUUACCCUCAGCUGCAGACUUUCUGGAAGUACUGGAUGUACUAUCUCAACCCCUUCAACUACCUCAUGGGAAGCAUGCUUGUUUUCGACAUCUGGGGCACCAAAGUCAACUGCCGUGAUUCGGAGUUCGCCCUCUUUGAUCCGCCCAACGGGACAACUUGCGAACAGUACCUGGGGGAGUACAUGAAUGGCAUGGGAUCGGGCAGCAACCUCAUCAACCCGGAUGCGACGGCGGCAUGCCGCGUGUGUCAGUACCGUGAUGGCAGCGACUACCUGAGAACAGUCAACCUCAACGACUACUACUACGGCUGGCGCGAUGCGGCGAUUGUCGUCAUAUUCGUCCUCAGUUCGUACUCUCUUGUCUACCUCCUCAUGAAGCUUCGCACCAAGACGUCCAAGAAGGCAGAAUGA